UUGCAAAGCUGAGCCUGAAAAGCUGCCAAACCUCGACAUCGAUCCAAAAAAUCACUAGAAAGGAAUCUCGCAAGUCGUUCGAACCUGCACGCGAGGUGGUAGAGUUGCUCACCAGCUCCACACUGCCAAAGCAUAGCUGCUGCCUUCGAUAGCAGCUGCAAAAGCAGCUAGCAAAGCGAGCAACCGACUGCCAAAACCAUGGAGGCCGUCGACGGCGAGCUCCAGAAGGUGGCGAAAGCCCAAGACUUGGUGUUUGACGUCUUGCGACUCGUCGCGCAGUCGAUGUGCUUCAGCGAAGCCCAGAAGAACUCGUUGGAAGCGGGGCCCGUGCGCCAAAAGGUCGAGAUGAUGCUUAGUAGUGCGGACUUCGCGCCCUACCGCCAGGCCGCGUUAUCGGUCGAGGCCGUGAAACGGCGUGUCGAGAUGGUGCAAAAAGAGCGCGCCGAGGCUGCCUCAACAAAGGCGGAACAACUCAAGCGGGAGCGGGAAAAGAAGCGUCAAGCUCGACCCAACAGGAAGCGCACGCCGAUCCAGGAGGCGGCGGACCGGCUCGAGGUCGACGAGGACAUGUUGCGGGCGGUCGCGGCCGCGAUGACCAUGAGCGAGGCGCAGGUCGACGCGGCUUGUAGUGCUGACCCUACAGCAGGUGAAAAAUUACGAGGCGUGCGCGAGGGCGUUGCGUUCGGGGAGAUCCGCGAGGCCUGUGUCAAACUCGGGUUGGUCGACGAGGCGUCGAAGGAGAUGAAGGCUGCGUUAAAAGAAGACGAGGACAGUCUGGACGACUCGCAGCUCGACGCCGCCGAGCGGUCCAUGGGCAUGAGCGCCGACGCCGUGGAGCGGCUGCCGGACGAUGCGAAAAGAGCCGUGAAAGCAUUACGGGGCGACCCGGCCUUCGCGGGCGUGCGCGCGGCCGUCGAGGCGCGGCGGAAACGGCGCGCCGGCGGCGCUUCGAAGCCGAAGUCGAAGCCGAAGUCGACGCCGAAGCCCGCGCCACCGAAGCCGACGACGGGCGGCGGCAACGUCGCCGUCGUCCAUGACGACGACGACAAUCUGGAUAGCGCGUUCGCGGAGGCCUUCGGGUCCGCGGCCGGCGGCGCCGACGGCGCCGACAACGACGAGGGCUGGAGCGCGCCCGUCGCGGCGGACGCGGACGACGCCGACGAUGAGGGUUGGAGCGACCCCGUCGCGGCGGAGGCCCUCGAGGACCUCGACCUCGAGGACGACGACAUCGACGAGGAGGAACCCGUCGCGAACACGCCGGACCACGCGCUCCAGGCGACCGAAAGUGGCUACGAGCUGACGGUCGCGCUGCCGCCCGGCGCGCGCGCCAAGGACUUGGACUGCGACGGCCAGCGGUGUCGCAUCGUGGUCCCCGGCCACGACGACCUUGUUGUUAGAUUCGCGGCGCCGGUUGACCCGCGACGGACCGAGGCCAAAUUCUCGAAGAAGACGUCGCAGCUCAAGGUGUCUUUCAGAUUCCCCGACCAGCACGCGUCCUUCAUGGAGGACCUCGGCCGCGAGGCCCAGAAGCGGGGCUACGUGCCGCCGAUGAGCGGCCUCGAGGAGGUGAACGACGGCGUGCGGCGGGCGAGUAGAGGUUCAUAACACAUACAUUUUAUUG